GCGGUUGUGCGCAGGCGCGAGCCGCGGGUGGCGGUCCCGUGUAGAAGGCGGUGGCUGCCCCGUCACGGGAAGGGCGGCGCGCCGCGGAGGCGCCCCUUUCCUCCGUCGCGUUUCCGCGCCUGCGGCGGCCGGGGCUGGACCGGGCUCACCGGCUGCGGGCUGAUGAUGGCGUACUUCGUGGAGAGCUUCUGGGGGGAAAGGAACAAUGGCUUUGAUGUCCUCUAUCACAACAUGAAACAUGGACAUUUGUCAACAAAAGACUUAGCAGACUUUAUAAGAGAAAGAGCUACAAUAGAAGAGGCAUAUUCAAGGUCAAUGGCAAAACUAGCCAAAUCAGCAAGCAAUUACACACAGCUUGGGACAUUUGCACCGGUUUGGGAUGUUUUCAAAACUUCAACAGAAAAACUAGCAAGCUGCCACUUGGAUCUUGUGCGGAGAUUACAAGAGCUAAUAAAAGAAGUUCACAAAUAUGGUGAUGAACAAAUCAAAGCUUAUAAAAAGACUAAAGAAGACGUUUCAGGAACACUGGAAGCAGUGCAAAAUAUUCAAAGUAUCACUCAGGCCUUACAGAAAUCAAAGGAGAACUACAAUGCCAAGUGUGUUGAACAUGAACGUUUGAAAAAGGAAGGAGCAACACAGAGAGAAGUUGAUAAGGCAGCAGUUAAAUCAAAAAAAGCUACAGAUACCUAUAAACUGUAUGUGGAGAAAUAUGCUGCAUUUAAAUCUGAUUUUGAACAAAAAAUGACAGAAACUGCACAGAAAUUUCAAGACAUUGAGGAAACACAUCUUCUUCGUAUGAAAGAGAUUAUAGAAUCAUUGUCAAACACCAUAAAAGAAGUUCAUUUACAAAUAGGAGAGGUGCAUGAAGAGUUUAUCAUUAACAUGACAAAUACUACAGUUGAGAGUUUGAUCCAGAAAUUUGCUGAGUCAAAAGGAACUGGCAAGGAAAGACCUGGCCCUAUUGAAUUUGAAGAAUGUGACACAUCCAGUGCUGUUGAAGGGGUAAAACCACGGAAGAGGAAGCCUUUUGGUUUAUCAGGAAUAAUGAAAAAAGAAAAAGAUACUGAAUCUGUGGAGUGUCCAGAUGCAGACUCAGUUAACAUUCCUGAUGUAGAUGAUGAAGGAUACAGCAUUAAACCAGAAGCAACCCACGAUUCCAAAGAGAACCAUUUCUAUUCAAGCAGUGAUUCUGAUUCUGAAGAUGAUGAACCCAGAAGGUUCCAUGUAGAAAUAAAACCUGUCCAGCCAAAUAAUAGCUCUCAAUAUACUGUGCCUUCUUUGGAUGAAUUAAAAGUAUCUAUAGGGAACAUCACUCUUUCUCCAGCAAUAUCUAGACACAGUCCUGCACAAAUGAAUCAAAAUUUAUCCAGUGAAGAAUUAACAAAAUCAAAGCUUUCUGCUCCAACUAAUGAAAAGAUGAACAGUGACCUCCUGGCAUGGGACCCACUUUUCAGCAGUUCUCUUGAAUCUUCCUCUUCAGCUUCCUUGGCAUCCUCAUCCUCCUCAGCAAGGCCCACAACUCCUCUUUCUAUAGGCACCAUUGUACCCCCUCCAAGGCCAGCUUCAAGACCAAAGCUGUCUACCGGGAAACUUAGUGGGAUUAAUGAAAUACCUAGGCCAUUCAGCCCUCCACUGACCUCUAACUCCAGUCCACCUCCUGCAGCUCCCUUGGCACGUGCUGAAAGCAUUUCCUCCAUAUCCUCUUCUGCUUCUCUCAGUGCAGCAAACACACCUACAGUUGGUGUUUCAGGUGGUCCCAGCCCUGUCAGCCUUGGAAACCAGGACACCUUGCCUGUUGCAGUAGCCCUUACUGAAUCUGUAAACGCCUACUUUAAAGGAGCAGAUCCCACAAAAUGUAUUGUGAAGAUUACUGGUGAUAUGACGGUAUCAUUCCCAAGUGGGAUUGUUAAGGUAUUCACCAGCAACCCAUCUCCAGCUGUGCUCUGCUUCAGGAUGAAGAACACAAGCAAACUAGAGCAGAUACUUCCAAAUGCACAACUUGUAUACAGUGAUCAGUCACAAAGUGACUCCAGUACUAUGGAUUUCUGGAUGAACAUGCAAGCUAUAACUUUCUACCUCAAGAAAUUAUCAGAUCAGAAUCCAUCUGCAUCCUAUUACAAUGUGGAUGUUUUAAAGUAUCAGGUAUCUUCAAAUGGCAUCCAGUCCACUCCCUUGAAUCUUGCAACUUACUGGAAAUGUAAUGCUAGCACUACUGAUGUUAGAGUUGACUAUAAAUACAAUCCAGAGUCCAUGAAUAUGCCUAGCAUGCUGUCUAACGUCCAGGUUGUGGUACCAGUAGAUGGAGGAGUAACAAACAUGCAAUCACUUCCACCUGCAAAAUGGAAUGCAGACCAGAUGAAAGCAUAUUGGAAAAUAUCUAGCAUUUCAGAGAAGUCUGAGAACGGAGGUUCUGGAUCCCUCAGGGCAAAAUUUGAAGUUUCAGAAGGACCCAGUAAACCAGCAACACUUGCAGUGCAAUUCAUUAGUGAAGGAAGCACCCUUUCAGGAGUAGAUGUAGAGCUCGUAGGCACUGGCUAUCGGCUGUCCCUCCUCAAGAAGAGAUUUGCCACUGGACGUUACAUGGCAGACUGCUGAUGUACCUGUGAAAGUCUUUGGAUCAAAGGAGUGCAAGAAGCUCACUCUGCCUCUACCUGUUAAACACUAUUUUAGCACGCAUUACUUUUUUCAAAAUGUUGACCUGCUUUGAAGCUGAACUACGGAACAGAAAAUGCACUUUUAAAAGUCAUUUUGCAAACUUUUUUUACUUUAAAAUAGCACUGAAGUUAACUUCAACACUGUCUGUAAAUGAUCAACUGCAAUAUUUGGGAAAAUUUGUUGAAAUUUUAGUAAAUUUAUACAGAUGAAGUCAAAAUAGUAAUCCAUAGUUGUAAUAUGAAAUCGUAUGUUAUACUGUAAACAUUAAGCCUAAAAAUGUAGGAGAGGGAGUAAGAAAUAUUUGAGCUUUCCAUAAGUAAUAUUAAUUUUUCAGAUUCUUAGUUGCCAGUUUUUUGAAGAAAGAAGAGGCAAAGUCUCUUAUAGUUCUUUUAUCUACACAUGCCACAAAACCAGCUGAGUUUGAGAUGUAUAAAUGUAACUUGAUGCCCACGUAUCAUAUAUUAUUAACAUGUAAGUCAUUUUAUAUAGUUUUUUUUUCCUAAGUGCAAUGUGUUACAAAAUUGCAAAAGAAAGCAGAGAUUUACUUCUGCAGUUAGUAAAUUUUGUGGGUGUUGUGAUUGUUUGAAUUAAUGCUGUAGAUUUAAUUUAUUUUUCUAUGAACUGCAUAACAUUUGUGCCUUUUAAAAAAAGCCGGUGCCUAUCCAAUUUGUUAUUCAUGUGCCUCACUUCCUUUUACAAAGUUCGGCUCUUCAUCAAGAAAGCACAGAGUUGCUAUAAUACAGACAACUUUAUAAAAAUUCUUUUGACUGGGAUUUAUUUAGAAGGCAGAUUUGCAAAAACUGGAGAUUAUUUUAAAAGAGGCUUAAAAUACUGGAUUACUUCCUCAUGGGGUAAUUGCAAUAAAUGUGACUGUAGUAAAGGGAGAUGCACCAAGCAGGACUUUGAAACUUUGAGAUAGUAACUUUAAUGUUACCAAAGACAAGAAUACUGAAAAAUCACUGAAGAUGGUAAAAGCAAACAGCAUUUCUCUUCACUUUGACUGCAAGUCUUUGUACUUUGAGUGCUUUUGGGGAUGUGAUUGUAACAUAGUACUUUAGGAGGAAUAGCAUUUUAGAAUUGUAUUUCUUGGCAGCAGGAUAACAAGUACUGCUAUUUGUAUUAGGUAAUUUUUUUUCUAUAACCACCAAUUUUAAUAUGUGUAUUGUCAUCUAGUCUUGACAUUCCCACAGCCUAAGCACAGGGAAGUGACAUAGUAGUCACUACUUCAUAAAAUCUUUUAUGUAUUUGUAUUAUUAAGAGUUUUUUGAGUGCUGAAAUCAAAAGUAUUGGGGCAAAAUAAUUCAGUAACCUGCACGUGGGAAUUUUACAUUACCAUUUUGAAUACCAGUAUCUAUUUCAAAUUCUCUAUUAAAACAAUAAAAUGUGUUUGAAUUAAUUUAUGCAAAACCAGUAAUGAAUUGGAUUGCUGAGGCAAUCUUUACAAGAAAUUAAGCUUUGUAGAGGCUACAUAAAUGCUAAUGUAUACUACACACUUGCAGAUGAGAGUUCCAUUGCUAACAUGAAGUACAUACUGUACUGUAGAAUUGAUUGGAAGAGUGUAUUUGGCUCUUAAUUUGCUAAUCUUACUGAAAGGUAAAUUUCUAACUCAUAAAAUGGUACAGUCUUUUUACUGGAAUCUUAACUGUAAUCUGCUUUGCAGUCAAACCAUAGAUAACAUGACUGUUUCAUUAACGAAAACCCAAAACUGUAUUGCUAUCCUUAAUCAAGUAUUACUUUCAUUUCUAAGUUAAAUGAAGUAGUUAUAUUUCAGCACUUUUAAACUAGCCUUCAUUCAGGUGAUUAUACGUACAUUUACAUUGGGUGCAGGUUACAAUUUUGAAGCCAUACAAAUUUGUUUAAACAUUUUGUAAAGACAUUCAAAACCAAUGUAAAAAGUACAUGUAGCUAUCUGAUGAAAAGAAACAUAUGUAGCAAGCUGGUUCUUGCUUAUGUAUACAGCAAUAUCCAUUGUAGCUGCCUCCUAAGAAAAUUAGUUUGUAAACACAACUCUAAAGGAUCUGAAUUUUUAUGAAUUGUUACUUCGUCAGACUGUAAAUUAGAGCAUACAAGCUUGUCUUACAAAAAUUGUAAAUACUUCUGACUUUUCAUAAAAUGUAAAUUAAAAAAAUGCACCCAUAAUAAACAUGUAAUAUAUAACUUAAA